GGGUUUGAUACAAAACAAGUGUGACAGUGUUUACGAAAUAUUUGAGUAAAUUAAUUUAAAAUUCGAUUUUUCUAAAAAUUUGGUGUGCCAAAAACGUGUGUUAUGGAGCAAAAUAAAGAUAUUCCAAACACACGGCAACCAAUCACGAAAAACUACGAUCCGAAAGCCCAGACUCCUACCUACAACGUGACCCCUGGAAGCUAUCCUGAGAACAACCACAACCUGUUCCAAAUGAUCAAGUGCCACGAGGACAGUCUCCUUAGACUCCAUCACCUAACAGCUGGACGGCAGAUAAACAGCACGUACGACACGAGCUACCAAAAUGACUUAACAUGGUACCCAAAAGACCUUCAAAGACCAUACAUGAAACCAGUCGACUACCUAGCUUACGAAGACAUGAGGAGGAAGUACGAAGACAAAGGUACCAAAGAGAGGGAUCAAAAAGAGUCUGAGGAAGAAAGGGACGUGAAAUCUGAUGAUAGGAAGAAGCCUCGGAGGAAUAGGACUACGUUUACCAGUCAGCAGCUGGCGGCUUUGGAGAAGGUGUUCGAAAAGACUCAUUAUCCAGACGCGUUUGUUAGGGAAGAUCUAGCUGCGAGGGUCAAUUUGACUGAAGCUAGAGUUCAGGUAUGGUUCCAAAAUCGUCGAGCGAAAUUCCGAAGAAACGAAAGAUCAGCAAUGUCGACACAUAGAAGCUCAACUAGCCAGGGUUCACCAGAGCCUAUCGCCGUUCCAAUUGGCAUUCCCCACCAAGACCCCAGGCAAGACUUUGCACGCAACUCCAAGGAGCCUUGGCUACAUCACUUUCAAGCUAACAAUCUGAACUUGAACCUAGGGAUCCCAAUUAGUAACACAGGGCUAUACCAAAAUGAUUAUUCGCUAAUGAUGCAGAAUGUUGGCAAUAGACAGUACGUUCCAAACUCUAAUGGCCUGAUGGGACAAAGUGUAGUAGGGUAUGGAGGUACCACCGACAAUGGGUAUGGAUCCUGUGGACUCAUAGGUGGAUAUAGUGGGUCACUGCAACCAGCACAUCACAGCUCUUAUAAUUUAAACUUAAGAUUAAGACCUCAUGAUUUCACUAUCAACAACAUAACGUUAUGAAAAAGCAGACAGGUAUUUUGAAUAUUUUGUAAAUAUAAUAUUUUAUAAAUUAAACUUUAAUUGAAU